AUGGUUGCAGCAGCUCUCUGGAGAAGACUGGAAGGUAAGAUUGUAAUAAUCACAGGCGGAUCGGCAGGCCUUGGAGAGGCCGCUGUUCGGUUAUUCGCAAAUCAUGGAGCCAAAGUCAUUAUUGCAGACAUUGCAGAUGAGGCUGGUAUGAAAGUUGCAGAUUCCCUUUCUCCCUUGGUAACAUAUAUCCACUGUGACGUGACCAAAGAGAAAGAUGUAUGCGCAGCCGUUGAUUUGACCAUGGAAAAGCACGGAAAGCUGCACAUAAUGUAUAAUAACGCAGGAGUCACCAACAUCCAGAAAGUGAGCGUGGCAGAGUAUGAUAUGGGGGAAUUCGAGCGAGUGAUGAAUAUCAAUGUAAAAGGGGUAAUGCACGGCAUUAAGCAUGCAGCCCGUGUUAUGAUACCCAAUAGAAAGGGCAACAUUAUCUCAACGGCUAGUGUUGCAGGAAUAGUAGGAGGAAUGGCUACUUAUUCCUAUACUGCCUCCAAACAUGCCGUAAUUGGGCUGACUAAAAAUGUUGCAGCCGAGCUGGGUAGAUUUGGUAUACGAGUGAAUUGUAUUUCUCCAGCUACAGUUGCCACAGAUCUGGUAAUGAAUUAUGUGGGAGUGACCCCUUCAGCAGAGGUAAGUGCCCAGAUCGAGGCCGCGGCUCAGGCCGUAGUCCCCUUAAAGGAAGCAGUUCUUAAAGCAGAGGACAUUGCAGAGGCUGCUUUGUAUCUGGCCAGUGAGGAUUCCAAAUAUGUGAGCGGUCAUAAUAUAGUGGUGGAUGGGGGAAUAAGAGUUGUAAACAACAACUGGGGAUUGUAUUAG